AUGGCAGAAGAGGAGAAUCCAGACUCAUCCACCAUGGCAGAAGAGGAAGAUCCAGACUCAUCCACCAUGGCAGAAGAGGAGGAUCCAGACUCAUCCACCAUGGCAGAAGAGGAGGAUCCAGACUCAUCCACCAUGGCAGAAGAGGAGGAUCCAGACUCAUCCACCAUGGCAGAAGAGGAGGAUCCAGACUCAUCCACCAUGGCAGACAAUGAAGUUCCAGGCCCCUCGGCCGCUGAAGAAUGCCGGCACAGUUGCAGAAUGUUCUCACUGAUGUCCAUCUUGAGGAAACAUUAGCGCAGUUGAAGGUUUUACAGGAUAAUCAGCUGUAUACCUGCAACAGGUAUUCAGCAUCGCAGCUGUCUGAUAAAGUUCUUAGGAUGGAAACAGGACUGCUACUCCAAGUCAGAUGGAUCUGCAGAAGCAAAUCUACUCUGUGUACCGUUCAAUGCACACCUUCAAACUACUCUUGGGAGUUGCACCUAAUGCGGUGAUACCAUAGAGCAGUGAUCUGUAUCCAGGAUCUAUAUCGGACAAAGCCAUUGUCCAGAAGUCGGGGUUUGAGAAGAUCUUCACGUCUGGAGACAUGAUUUUGGCAGACAAAGGCUUCUUGAUCCAGAACUUGAUGCCUACAGAAGUUACUGUGAACAUUCCUCCAUUCCUGAACCACGGAAGGUUUACAGAGAGUGAGAUACUUUUCACAAAAUAAAUAGCGAGAAACAGGAUCCAUGUUGAGAGGGCAAAUGCUCGACUAAAAUAUUAAAAAAUCCUGAGAUUCAUCCCACCUUAUCUGCGUUGCUAUAGUAAUGUGCUGGUGCAGACUUGCUGUGUACCUGUAAACCUCCAAGACCCACUCAUCAGAGAAGUAGCUGUUGAUUGGGAAACAAGAACAAACAAUGAGACAUGAGGAUUGGGUGUUGAGGAACCACUUGUCACAUUGUCCAAGGUGGGUUUGUGUUAUGAUCAUCAAUGCAUUUAUUUUCUGUCCAGAUAAAGAUGUUGAUACAGCAUUGAAAAAGACCCACCACUGACCAACUGUCUCUUUGUUAUCCAGUCCAACAGGAGUGCAUCCCUCAGGCUUUCCGGUGCAUGGACAUCCUGUGCCAGUGUGAUCCGAGCGCAAGUGUCCAGUUGUAGAGACUACUGCAGAUCAAGCCUGUGGACGGACAAGUCAGUAACUCAUCAAAUGUGAUUCAAUAUUGUGUACAGCAAUGAAUUUGAAGCUAUACUAUAUACACAAAAGUAUGUGGACACCCCUUCAAAUUAGUGGAUUCGGCUAUUUCAGCCACACCCGUUGCUGACAGGUGUAUAAAAUCGAGCACACAGACAUGCAAUCUCCAUAGACAAACAUUGGCAGUAGAAUGGCCUUACUGAAGAGCUCAGUGACUUUCAACGUGGCACCGUCAUAGUAUGCCACCUUUCCAACAAGUCAGUUUGUCAAAUUUCUGCCCUGCUAGAGCUUCCCCUGUCAACGGUAAGUGCUGUUAUUGUGAAGUGGAAACGUCUAAGAGCAACAACGGCUCAGCUCAUAGAACGAGACCGCUGAGUGCUGAAGCGUGCAGCACGUAAAAAUCUUCAGUCCUUGCAACACUCAGUUCCAAACUGCCUUUGGAAGAAACGUCAGCACAAGAACUGUUCGUCGGGAGCUUCAUGAAAAGGGUUUCCAUGGCCAAGCAGCUGCAAGAGUUUGGGGAAGGCCCUUUCCUGUUUCAGCAUGAAAAUGCCCCCGUGAACAAAGCGAGGUCCAUACAGAAAUGGUUUGUCGAGAUUGGUGUGGAAGAACUUGACUGGCCUGCACAGAGCCCUGACCUCAACUCCAUCGAACACCUUUGGGAUGAAUUGGAACGCCGACUGUGAGCCAGGCCUAAUCGCCCAACAUCAGUGCCCGACCUCACUAAUGCUCUUGUGGCUGAAUGGAAGCAAGUCCCCGCAGCAAUGUUCCAACAUCUAGUGGAAAAGCUUCCCAGAAGAGUUGAGGCUGUUAUAGACUGUUAUAGUAUGAAAAAUGUAUGCACUCACUAAUAGUAAGUCACUCUGGAUAAGAGCGUCUGCUAAAUGAUUAACAUGUAAAAAUAUAAAAUAGCAGCAAAGGGGGGAACAACUAGCAGGUGACGAGCAGGUGUCCACAUACUUUUGGUCAUGUAGUGUAUAUAUAAUCCCCUGGGGCCCCAAAUGCGGUAGUCCGGCCCUGUGUCUCAGCUGUUCUACUGUAAAUCAACACAGUACAUACAGAAGCACCCUGAUAUUCACCCUCCACACCCCUUUAGUCCCAUUGGGAACCAUGGGUAAACAAAAUUCCGGUAGGCCUGUAGUCAAUAAACAGAGGCGGACUUAGCAUUCCCACAUGGUGUGUGUGUGUGUGUGUGUGUGUGUGUGUGUGUAUGUGUGUGUGUGUGUGUGUGUGUGUAGUCCCUACAUUAGAGCGGAUAAGUGAGGGCCUGAAGAGGACGAGCGUGAGGAAAGGAAUGCCCUCAUCUAUCUGCUAGAAUAGCGUGAGACAUGCCAGUGAUAAGACUGCGAGCACAUCUCUGCGACGAAGGACAUGCUAGAGAAGUGGAACGCGUAGUGAGAAGGGGAAGCAUUUAAUGUUCCAGCCACACCCAGUAGGUGGAGUAGAAGCAACCACAAAACAUCCCCAUCUAUCUAUAUUUAACCCAUCACAAACAAAAGCCUUUAUAGGCCUAUUGCAUACUAUUAAUGCCUUUUAUAAUCAGUCCGUCUACCUGUGAUGAUGUGGCUUUGCGCCAGCCUUGCACAGUCAAAACAUGUCCUUUUUCAGCAAGUGCAGCUCAAAGGUAAAUAGCCGUACUACACUGAGAAUAGUGUUUUACUAUAAAAGUUUAUUCUAGGUUAUUCUUAGUAUUCUGGAUCUAUUUGUAUGUAUUCAAGCUGACUGCUGAACACUGAACACCAUGCUGUAAAUAAAACACCUGGCUUUACAUGAAAGACUGUUGUCCAGCGCCUGCCAUCUCCCUCGGCUGUGAGACACGUUACUUUAUCACACUAACUAUUUAAGUAAUGACACGUUUAUGCAGUCAUAUUACAUUUUUACAUUUACAUUUACAUUUACGUCAUUUAGCAGACACUCUUAUCCAGAGCGACUUACAAAUUGGUGCAUUCACCUUAUGACAGCCAGUGGGACAACCACUUUACAAUUAUUAUUAUUAUUAUUUAUUUAUUUUGGGGGGGGUAGAAGGAUUACUUUAUCCUAUCCCAGGUAUUCCUUAAAGAGGUGGGGUUUCAAGUGUCUCCGGAAGGUGGUGAGUGACUCCGCUGUCCUGGCGUCGUGAGGGAGCUUGUUCCACCAUUGAGGUGCCAGAGCAGCGAACAGUUUUGACUGGGCUGAGCGGGAACUGUGCUUCCGCAGAGGUAGGGGGGCCAGCAGGCCAGAGGUGGAUGAACGCAAUGCCCUCAUUUGGGUGUAGGGACUGAUCAGAGCCUGAAGGUACGGAGGUGCUGUUCCCCUCACAGUUCCAUAGGCAAGCACCAUGGUCUUGUAGCAGAUGCGAGCUUUAACUGGAAGCCAGUGGAGUGUGCGGAGGAGCGGGGUGACGUGAGAGAACUUGGGAAGGUUGAACACCAGACGGGCUGCGGCGUUCUGGAUGAGUUGUAGGGGUUUAAUGGCACAGGCAGGGAGCCCAGCCAACAGCGAGUUGCAGUAAUCCAGACGGGAGAUGACAAUUGCCUGGAAUAGGACCUGUGCCGCUUCCUGUGUAAGGCAGGGUUGUACUCUGCGAAUGUUGUAGAGCAUGAACCUACAGGAUCGGGUCACCGCCUUGAUGUUAGCGGAGAAGGACAGGGUGUUGUCCAGGGUCACGCCAAGGCUCUUUGCACUCUGGGAGGAGGACACAACGGAGUUGUCAACCGUGAUGGCGAGAUCAUGGAACAUGCAGUCCUUCCCCGGGAGGAAGAGCAGCUCCGUCUUGCCGAGGUUCAGCUUGAGGUGGUGAUCCGUCAUCCACACUGAUAUGUCUGCCAGACAUGCAGAGAUGCGAUUCGCCACCUGGUUAUCAGAAGGGGGAAAGGAGAAGAUUAAUUAUGUGUCGUCUGCAUAGCAAUGAUAGGAGAGGCCAUGUGAGGAUAUGACAGAGCCAAGUGACUUGGUAUAUAGCGAGAAUAGGAGAGGGCCUAGAGCUGAGCCCUGGGGGACACCAGUGGUGAGAGCACGUGGUGAGGAGACAGAUUCUCGCCACGCCACCUGGUAGGACCGACCUGUCAGGUAGGACGCAGUCCAAGAGUGAGCCGCGCCGGAGAUGCCCAACUCGGAGAGGGUGGAGAGGAGGAUCUGAUGGUUCACAGUAUCAAAGGCAGCAGAUAGGUCUAGAAGGACGAGAGCAGAGGAGAGAGAGUUAGCUUUAGCAGUGCGGAGAGCCUCCGUGACACAGAGAAGAGCAGUCUCAGUUGAAUGACCAGUCUUGAAACCUGACUGGUUAGGAUCAAGAAAGUCAUUCUGAGAGAGAUAGCAAGAGAGUUGGCUAAAGACGGCACGCUCAAGAGUUUUGGAGAGAAAAGAAAGAAUGGAUACUGGUCUGUAGUUGUUGACAUCGGAGGGAUCGAGUGUAGGUUUUUUGAGAAGGGGUGCAACUCUCGCUCUCUUGAAGACGGAAGGGACAUAGCCAGCGGUCAAGGAUGAGUUGAUGAGCGAGGUGAGGUAAGGGAGAAGGUCUCCGGAAAUGGUCUGGAGAUGAGAGGAGGGGAUAGGGUCAAGCAUAGGGUAGGGCAGUGUGAGCAGGACCAGCGGUGUCAUUUGACUUAACAAACGAGGAUCGGAUGUCGUCAACCUUCUUUUCAAAAUGGUUGAUGAAGUCAUCCACAGACAGGGAGGAGGGGGGAGGGGGAGGAGCGAGAGGAUAGGGGACAUAGAGAGUCAAAGGAUGCAGAAAGGGAGGAGAGGAGGGUUGAGGAGGCAGAAUCAGGAGAUUGGAGGGAGAAGGAUUGAGCAAAGGGAAGAGAUGAUAGGAUGGAAGAGGAGAGAGUAGCGGGAGAGAGAGAGCGAAGGUUGCGACGGCGCAUUACCAUCUGAGUAGGGGCAGAGUGAGUAGUGUUGGAGGAGAGCGAGAGAGAAAAGGAUACAAAGUAGUGGUUGGAGACUUGGAGGGGAGUUGCAGUGAGAUUAGUAGAAGAACAGCAUCUAGUAAAGAUGAGGUCAAGCGUAUUGCCUGCCUUGUGAGUAGGGGGGGACGGUGAGAGGGUGAGGUCAAAAGAGGAGAGGAGUGGAAAGAAUGAGGCAGAGAGAAAUGAGUCAAAGGUAGACGUAGGAAGGUUAAAGUCACCCAGAACUGUGAGGGGUGAGCCAUCCUCAGGAAAGGAACUUAUCAAGGCGUCAAGCUCAUUGAUGAACUCUCCAAGGGAACCUGGAGGGCGAUAAAUGAUAAGGAUGUUAAGUUUGAAUGUGCUAGUGACUGUGACAGCAUAGAAUUCAAAUUAGGAGAUAGACAGAUGGGUCAGGGGAGAAAGAGAGAAUGUCCACUUGGGAGAGAUGAGGAUUCCUGUGCCACCACCCCGCUGACCAGAUGCUCUCGGGUAUGCGAGAUCACAUGGUCAGACGAGGAGAGAGCAGUAGGAGUAGCAGUGUUUUCUGUGGUAAUCCAUGUUUCCGUCAGCGCCAAGAAGUCGAGGUACUGGAGGGUAGCAUAGGCUGAGAUGAACUCUGCCUUGUUGGCCGCAGAACGGCAGUUCCUGAGGCUCCCAGAGACCUGGAACUCCACGUGGGUUGUGCGCGCAGGGACCACCAGAUUAGAGUGGCAACAGCCACGCGGUGUGAGGCGUUUGUAUAGCCUGUGCUGAGAGGAGAGAACAGGGAUAGACAGACACAUAGUUGACAGGCUACAGAAAAUGGCCACAACAAUGCAAAGAAUGAAAUUAACUAAACAUCAGGGAAAGCGAGAGAGCGGGGCCUCCCUCACUUACGUUUCACUGAAACACCCAACUAUAACUCUCCCAACUUCCACCUCAGAAACUAUAAUUGUUGUAAACUACAGCGGUUUAAUGUUUUCUAGGAAUAGACUAACAAGUGACACAGAAUGUAUGCAGAAUAACAUAGAGUCCAGAAUUGAACAAUAGAUUCUAUUCUAUUCUAUCAAGCUGAGUCUUGCUGAGGGAGUUACUGUAUAUAUGGCCCUUGUGACUAACAGCUUUUAAAUACAACGCUUGGCUUACUGCCUGACGUCAGGUCGAUACCACCUGGUAGAUCUCUCGGUGUGCCAAAUGCGAAGAGACGAGACGCCAGCAGGUCAGUCAUCCACAUGACGCGUCAAUGAAUCCACUUUGAUUAAAUGUAGGCUAUUUUCUGCCAAAUAUGACAAUAUCGGCACAUCCUCAACAGAUUUAAUUGAGGUGGUUGGAAGUUAAAUCGAACACGAACACUCCUGAAGAGAGCGAAUAUUCCAGGAACUGCAGGGUGUUCUUUGUUAUGGUUGAUCCGCACUGUAGCGCUUCUGCAUUGACCAUCAACGAGCUGUCAGGGCGGGAGAAUGAAUAACGCAACAUGUAGCAUAUUAAAUCAGAUACCAAGGAGACGAACACGGAUUAUACAAUGUAUCUAUGUGGUGGGGUUCAUGGUAAGUGCAACAUUGUAACCUUUUUUUAAGGCUACAUUUAACAUGUUUGGUAUUGCAGUCACGUUUUAAAUAUGUAACUUUUUGGGCGACCCGACCAAAUUCACAUAGAAAUAUGAGUUGUAGAUAUGUCAUUGCCAUUGAAAGCAAGUCUAAGAAUCGGUAGAUCGGUUCUAUGAGCAUUAUUAACAUAAGUUUAGUUUUUGCAUCUUUUACUUUCUGCUUUGUACACCAGCUUCAAAUAGCUGAAAAUACAAUAUUUUUGGUUAUGGAAAAUAUAUUUCACAGCAGUUUAGAUGGUACAAUGAUUCUCUACACUAUACUUGCUUAUUUUGUCACAUAAACAGAAAUUUGACUAUUAGAUUUUUUGCAACAUAGUGUAUCUUAAAAAACGUUCUUAAAAGGAAUAGAGAGAGAGAGAGAGAGAGAGAGAGAGCAGUGCUCACAUUGGACAUUGAACCUGAUAGUUGAGGCAAAUGCUUGCUGUUGACAUCAGUUUUUUAAACUGUUGGCGUUUACCAACAUUAUAAGGGCUAUAUCAUGACAUUAGGUGCUUUAAACUAUGUAAAAUAUUUAUUCUGGUUUAGGCGGUUCCAUCAUAUAUGAAAUUUGAGACCCUGACCUGCAGGCUACCACAAUAUCAAAUGUAUUAAACAUUGUGCCUGCAUUUGCCAAAAGAUGCAUUACUGGAUUGUUCAGCAGCCUGUCAUUCUAAUGUUGAUCCAACUAGUUAUAAGAGGCAGGUUGAGUCCCAUCACAGCACUGUCAAAAAAAACCUGUCCAACAGAAUCCAUUCCUUGGAAAUCAGUGUUUUGCUCUGAAGGACUUGUUAUUCUGAGAAGAUCAGGGUGUUCACAAGAACAUCAGACUGACUCUGUAAAACGUAUUAUAAACCGGAUGGUUCAAGCCCUAAAUGAUGAUUGGCUGAAAUCCGUGGUAUAUCAGACUGUAUACCAUGGGUAUGACAAAAAAGUAGUAUUUACUCGUCUAAUUACGUUGGUAACCAGUUUAUAAUAGCAAUAAGGCACCUUGGGGGUUUGUGGUAUAUGUCCAAUCCAGCCACUCUGCGUUGCGUCGUGCAUAAGAAAAGCCCUUAGCCGUGGUAUAUUGGCUAUAUACCACACCUCCCUGGGCCUUAUUGCUUAAAUAUAAUAUAAAUGCAUAUCCUGUGGUACAGGAUUAGACUGACUUCAGGUUUAUUGAAUCGUAUGUGGUUUGGACACACACUUACUCUAAACUCACAGAAUUGGAGCAAUACAGAUAUUUUUGAAGACAGUAUGGUAAAUGUUUUAUGUGUAAUGCUAUCCAGAUAAUGAGUAUAGAAGUGAAUGCUACAGAGUGUCUCAAAAACAUUUUCACCCAAAGCCUAAUCCCUUGUGAGAGAGAGGAGCAUCCAUCUUAGAGAGAUAGGAGAGAGAACGAGAGAGGAGAGAGAAGCGAGAGGUAGGAGGAGCACGGAGAGAGAGUAAGAGAAGAGGGGAGAGCGAGAGAAAGACGAGAGGAGAUGCAGAGAGAGGAAGAGUAGGAGAGAGAGAAGACAUGAGAGAGAGAGCAGAGAGAGAGAGAUAGGAGGAGAGAUGACGAGAGCGAUUCGAGAGCGAGAGAUAGAGGCUAGAGAGGAGAUAUCGCGCUUCUCUAUCGAUACUUAUCUCUAUCGCUGCUCUAUAUCUCUAUCUCCUCGCUCUCUCUCUCUCUCUCGCUCUCUUCUCUCUCUCUCCUCUCUAUCUCUCGAUCUCUUCUCAUCUCCUCUCUCUCUCUCUUCUCUCUCAUCUGUCUCUGUCUGUCUCUCUCUCUCACACACACACACACAUGCAUGCACUAACUCCCACACACUGUAUGUUUGGUCCCAGUUUGAAUGUAGAGUUAAGAGUUGAAUUGAACAGUCAGUUUAAUGGGUAGGGCCGCGACACAGCAGGAGCUACAGUAUGACUUCAAUCAAGUCUCUGGCAAGAGCCUCUCUGGAGACAGAUAAACAGGGUGGGAGAGUGUCUAUUUCUCUCCUCAGGCCCAGAACUCUCUUUGUUGUAGGCUACACUCACUAACCAUCAGGCUAGAUAACUGGUACAUUUAGGUCCCUAGUUCAUCUCCUUCCACAGAGCAGAAUACAGUGAGGGGAAAAAAGUAUUUGAUCCCCUGCUGAUUUUGUACGUUUGCCCACUGACAAAGACAUGAUCAGUCUAUAAUUUUAAUGGUAGGUUUAUUUGAACAGUGAGAGACAGAAUAACAAAAAAAUUAAUAAAGUAAAACGCAUGUCAAAAAUUUUAUAAAUUGAUUUGCAUUUUAAUGAGGGAAAUAAGUAUAUGACCCCUCUGCAGAACAUGACUUGGUGGCAAAACCCUUGUUGGCAAUCACAGAGGUCAGACAUUUCUUGUAGUUGGCCACCAAGUUUGCACACAUCUCAGGAGGGAUUUUGUGCCACUCCUCUUUGCAGAUCUUCUCCAAGUCAUUAAGGUUUCGAGGCUGACGUUUGGCAACUCGAACCUUCAGCUCCCUCCACAGAUUUUCUAUGGGAUUAAGGUCUGGAGACUGGCUAGGCCACUCCAGGACCUUAAUGUGCUUCUUCUUGAGCCACUCCUUUGUUGCCUUGGCCGUGUGUUUUGGGUCAUUGUCAUGCUGGAAUACGCACCCACAACCCAUUUUCAAUGCCCUGGCUGAGGGAAGGAGGUUCUCACCCAAGAUUUGACGGUACAUGACCCCGUCCAUCGUCCCUUUGAUGCGGUGAAGUUGUCCUGUGCCCUUAGCAGAAAAACACCCCCAAACCAUAAUGUUUCCACCUCCAUGUUUGACGGUGGGGAUGGUGUUCUUGGGGUCAUAGGCAGCAUUCCUCCUCCUCCAAACACGGCGAGUUGAGUUGAUGCCAAAGAGCUCAAUUUUGGUCUCAUCUGACCACAACACUUUCACCCAGUUCUCCUCUGAAUCAUUCAGAUGUUCAUUGGCAAACUUCAGACGGCCCUGUAUAUGUGCUUUCUUGAGCAGGGGGACCUUGCGUGCGCUGCAGGAUUUCAGUCCUUCACGGCGUAGUGUGUUACAAAUUGUUUUCUUGUUGACGAUGGUCCCAGCUGCCUUGAGAUCAUUGACAAGAUCCUCCCGUGUAGUUCUGGGCUGAUUCCUCACCGUUCUCAUGAUCAUUGCAACUCCACAAGGUGAGAUCUUGCAUGGAGCCCCAGGCCAAGGGAGAUUGACAGUUCUUUUGUGUUUCUUCCAUUUGCGAAUAAUCACACCAACUGUUGUCACCUUCUCACCAAGCUGCUUGGCGAUGGUCUUGUAGCCCAUUCCAGCCUUGUGUAGGUCUACAAUCUUGUCCCUGACAUCCUUGGAGAGCUCUUUGGUCUUGGCCAUGGUGGAGAGUUUGGAAUCUGAUUGAUUGAUUGCUUCUGUGGACAGGUGUCUUUUAUACAGGUAACAAACUGAGAUUAGGAGCACUCCCUUUAAGAGUGUGCUCCUAAUCUCAGCUCGUUACCUGUAUAAAAGACACCUGGGAGCCAGAAAUCUUUCUGAUUGAGAGGGGGUCAAAUACUUAUUUCCCUCAUUAAAAUGCUAAUCAAUUUAUAACAUUUUUGACAUGCGUUUUUCUGGAUUUUUUUGUUGUUAUUCUGUCUCUCACUGUUCAAAUAAACCUACCAUUAAAAUUAUAGACUGAUCAUUUCUUUGUCAGUGGGCAAACGUACAAAAUCAGCAGGGGAUCAAAUACUUUUUUCCCUCACUGUAUAUCUCUAACAACAAUGGUGGUUUGUCUUGCAGUUGCUUCACGGUGUUUGAUUCACUCAUUGUCGGUUUGAAUGAAGAUAAAAGACUGUAAAAACACCAGGAAAUCUGCUCCAAGGGAUUUUUAUUUUGGAAAUCUGUUCCAAAGUAUUCCCACGCAUAAUAGAGAGACACGUGAUUGUUUACAAAUGUAAGCAAGGUUUGAAAUGAUUAAAUUUUAGUCAAAUAUUAUAUCUGUUUGGGCUUUUUGCGGUCAAUUAGCAUUCUACAAAUUAUUUGUAAUUAUGUUCCAGCCCUCCGACCAUCCGCUCAAGAAAAAAUCGGUCCGCGGUGGAAUCUAGUUGAUGAUCCGUGCUCUAAUGCAUCAUAACCGUGCUGAAUAUAAAUUGCAGCGUUUGUGAACCCCACCCUUCAUAAUCUGUUUGGACAUUUUAAAGCAGAUGGUAGCAUAACUUUGAUGCAUGCUGUAUGUUAGAAAGGGUGAUUUGUCAGGGCAGAGUAUUUCAACCCUUCAUUUGACUGUGUUUUCAUUGGCCAUUGACAGGUCAACCUCUGAUGAUCACGAUACUCUGAUGAUACUCUUCUGUUUCGCAGUAAAACAUCCUCCAUAGUCAAAUUUUGUUUUGAAAAUGUUUUUAUGGUGACAUUGUUACAGAGUAAAGGCUUGUGUGACUUCAGUGGUCAGUUGUCAUUCACCUGUGUAAUGGGAAUUUCCAGGUGAACAAAAGCAGUCAGUGAUAAAGUCAAUCUGUUUUAUUACAAGAAUUCAGGGAGUCACCUCCAGAACAGAAGCAUAGAAAAUGUCUAACAGGCCUCUUGGAGACAUGCCUUUUAUAUCUAAUCAGACCAAGGUUAUUAUAGUUUUUUGUUUUUAUAGUAGUUUUUAUUUCUAUUAGUUUUAAGAUUUUAAUUAGAAAUUCAGUUUAGUUUCAGAUCUACUUCACUAGUUUUAAUUGAGUUUAAGUUCUAUAAAAACAUUUAUUUUUCGUUUUUAUAUUAUUUCGUUUCAGUUUUAUUGUUAGGGACAGAAAGAAGGAGACAUUUAUUUGUAGAUUAUGUUUUUUAUUUUUUGUGUGUUUUGUGUUUUUUGGCACUUCUUGCCUCUGUGGGGCAAUAAUACCAUUAGGUGAUGGGUCAGCUCAUAGAUUAGGUUAGGUUUAAAGGUUGACGUAGCGAGAUAGCGCGAGAUGACGUAGAUGCACGAAGUAAACAGUGGUAGUGGGUCAAUUUCUGCAACAGCCAGGAGUGCGAGGCUAAACUUCUCUGCUGUUUUGGUCCCGUAACUACCACGUUGUAGCAGCAAGAAGCGCCCCCGUGCACAUGUGCAGAUACUCUGUUUGCGAGUUCUUGCAUAGUGCUCAUCUCAAUUCGGGUCACCGCCUUUCAAAGUGUUUUGCAUUCUGGGGAUAAAAGGUAAGGUGAAAGCAACCAACUGCAGUGUUGCCAUUGUUUAUAAAAUAAAAUGAUGUUGCUUAUAACGUCGACAUAAACAUGUCUCCAACCCCCAUAUCACACACUCGCAAUCUGAAAAUAUGUGUGUGUACAUUGUUUCAAUAUGCUUUGCGUUGUAGUCACAACAGACAAAGAUAUAUAGUUAAGCAAACUUUACUAGGCAUGUUGUCAACCCGCACAUUCAUACAGUAAGUCCCAACUGGUUUCCGUUUCCUGUGUAACAUCAAUAUUGAUACAUGUUCCCUUCUUUUUAUUUUUUUAUUUUUUUUACAACAAAGGCAGACUCCACCUAACUUUGGCUUGUAGUCCAUGUCUGCAAUAAACUGGAAUGUGAACUGAAUGUUUGUUUACUGUCUCUGACUGUCCAUUAAUUCUUAUUAUUUUUACCCUCCCACAAAGUCUUUCAGGUGUAUAGGUCUUCGGAUGGCCCUACCAGACCUUGUGUGGGGAGUGUUGAUUACAUCAGGAGGUGCUUGACCUGAGAUGUUUGGAUCUUCUUGUUGAGGUGGAGCGUCCACCUCUAGGUUGUGUUCAGCAACCUGCUGGGCAUCAGCUGGUGCUCUGUUUACUGGCUCUGUGCCAGGCUCCUCAACAGUGGGGAAAUCAUCCUCUAUUUCUCUGCUCUUCCUCAGGUGUCGCCUGUUCCUCCUGAAGACUUGUCCCUGUUCUGUCUUCACCUCAUAGGACGUUUGCUCCACUGGUCUGACUACUGUGGCCCUCUGCCACCAGUGUUUCUGUCCUGUGAGUGGCUGAACUCUCACCCUGUCAUCUCGUUGCAGCUCUGUGAGAUCCUUAGCAGAGGUGUCGUAGUACUUCGCCUGUUUCUGCUGUCUUUCUUUGAACUUCUCCAGCUCACAGUUUGCCAUCCCCGGUCUCAGAAGAUUUUCACUCAUUAUAAGUAGUGUCUUUGUACGUCUUCCCAUGAGCACCAUUGCAGGGCUGCUGUCUGUUCCUUGUGACGAGGUAUUUCUGUGAUCCAGCAUGGCCAGGUAUGGGUCAGCACCUGCUCUCUUUGCUUUUGGCUGUUUUCACUGCCGAUUCCACUUUCCCAUUACUUUGCGGGUAUCCUGGAGACUAUGUUUUGUGUGUAAAGUGCCAAGCCUUGCUGAAACUUCGGAACUCGUCUGAAGAGUACUGGGGACCAUUGUCUGAGUAAAGAAUGUCAGGUAUCCCAUAGCGUGCAAAGUGUGUCUUCAGUUUUCGAAUGACCGUUUUCGACUGUGUGUUCUCCAAAUGGUCCACUUCCCAGAAGUUGGAGAGAUAAUCAACUGUGACCAUGUAGUCUCUGUCGUAUACUGGAACAGGUCAGUCCCUAUUUUUUCCCAGGGACGCUUUGGUGCUUCGUGGGGCCUCAACGUUUCUUUCUGCUGCUUCAUACCCCAUGCCGUGCAGGUGCUACAUUGUGCCAUGUAUGUUCUCAGCUGUGCAUUCAUGCCUGGCCAGUAGACACACUCGCAAGCUCUUCUCAGACAUCCCUCUGUUCCUAUGUGUGAGGAAUGGAUUCUCUGCAUUAUCUCUGACCUGAGGGCAGUAGGCACAACGACUCGCUCACCUCUGAAGAUAACUCCAUUUUGCACACUCAGCUCAUCUCUGUUGUGAAAAUAAAUGGCUACUUCCAAGGGUACAUGUCCUUUCACUUCAGGCCAACCCUGCAGAAUCACAUUUUUCAGUGUCUGGAGCUCCCGGUCCAGCUCAGUGACUCUCUGGAUGUGCUUUAGUCUCUCGCUUGACACAGGGAGGUAGUGUAUCAUAUUGAUUGAUUCCACUUCGACCUCCACAGGGCCUCUGUUGUCUUGUUCUGUGAGGUCUUGUUCUCAGGGUGUCGGCCAGAACCACAUGUUUUCCCGGAACGUAGCGGAGACUGACCUCAUAGUUUUGGAGUCUCAUGAGUAUGCGUUGUAGUCUUUUUGGUGCGCUGAGGAGAGCCUUUGUCAUGAUGCUCUCUAGAGGCUUGUGAUCUGACUGCACUUCCACAGUUCGUCCAUAUGUGAAUUGGUGGAACCUCUCCAUGCCAAACACCACUGCAAGCAGCUCCUUCUCUAUCUGUGCAUACCCUUUUUCAGUCUCUGUCAGGGCUCUGGUGGCGUAUGCUAUUGGUUGUCCUCCCUGCAUCAAGGCUGCUCCUAACCCACUCUCUGAAGUAUCACACUGUAGUACAAGCUGCUCUGUUGGGUUGUAGUAUUUCAGCACAGGGGUCUGUGCAAUGGUAUCCCUGAUUUUACUGAAAGCCUGCUCAUGUCUCUCUGACCACUCCCACAAUGAGUCCUUGUGUGUUAGCUGUCGCAGUGGCUCGCAGAGCUCCGUGGCAUGCGCAGCCACCUGUAGCAUCCCAUGGGAGUAGAGAACGUGGUGAGAUAGCAGGAUUCCUCCUCCAGUUCCACAUGUCAAAAUCCAUGUUUUACAUCACAAACAGAACACGUGUGCUCUGUUCAGAUCUGGCAGCAUGUCUUCAAUAGUGGGAAGUGGGUAAUGGCUCCUCUUGAGCGCCUUGUUGAGAGGUUUCGGAUCAAUGCACACUCUUAGUUUUCCAGACGGUUUCUUCACUACGAUCAGGCUGCUAAUCCAAUCUGUGCUUUUUUCAACUGCUUUUUUCGUCCUUCUUUUCUCUAGACCACUGAGCUCCUCUCUGAGUGGUUUAUAUAGUGCUACUGGCACUCUUCUCUUUGGCAGAUGGACGGGCUCCACUCGCUCAACCACCUCCAGCUUCAGUUUGCCGGGUAAGCAUCCAUCUCCCUGGAAUACAUCAGAGUACUCUUGUUUAAUUUGCUCUUUAGUCCAGGAUCCUGUUGUUUUCUCGAUGGCCAGGAUGUUGUGAUGCUGCACAGUAAUCAACUCCAUUGCCUGGAUAGCCUUACUGCCUAGAAUGGGCCUGUGCACAUUCUUGUUGACUACGAUGAACUCAACUCGGUAGGUUUUCUUAUUGCGUGGAUUGAUCACUUUAAGUGUGCACUUCCCCAGUGGCAUCAGAGUACUCUUGUUAUACAUCACCAACACCUGACUGCAGGGCUCGAGGUGACUGGCUUUUAUGAGGUUUGCAGGGAUAACAUUACAACUAGCACCACAAUCUAGCUGAAAUCUGACUGACUUUUUGUUGACCAGCAUGGUUGCAAAGAGAGCUGCAUUGGGGUCUGUGGUUUUCUCCUGCGUCACGUUGAUGCUCUCUGACUUUGGCCCUAGUGUGAUGCAGAGAACAUCCUCACCGCUCUCUGAGUCAGCUAACGCAUUUUCCAUUGCUGGUCCCUGCACUUUUGCAAAUCGUAGAGAAGUGAUUGUUUUUUCCACAGGAUUUACAUUUUUGUCCAUAUGCAGGGCAUUUUUCCUUUUUUCUCUCAUGUGUCCGUCCACAGUAUCUGCAUUGUAUAAUGCUCUGUCCCUCUGUAGGGUCUCCUCUCCCUCUCGGUCUCUCUUUCUUUGUGACUGCAUGCACUGCUACAGGGCCCUGCACAUUUAUGACUUUAUCUCUCUGUCUGGACAGUUCUGCAGCUCUGCCAAUCUGUAUGCAUUUCUCUAAACUGAGAUCAGUCUCUCUGAGUAAGCGCUCUCUUAAGUGUGGGUCACAUGUGCCACACACAAUCCUGUCCCUGAUAAGAUAGUCUGUGAUUACACCAAAGUAAAGGCCACUAGAGUCCUCAAUUCAGUGAGAUAUUUGUCUAAACUCUCAUCUUGUCACGCCCUGGCUCUGGGGACUCUUAUAUGUUGAGCCAGGGUGUUAGUUUCUAUGUGUAGUGUCUAUGUUUUGUUUUCUAUGUGUUCUUUUCUAGAUCGUGUGUUUCUGUGUUGGCCGGGGUGGUUCCCAAUCGGAGGCAGCUGUGUCUUGUUGUCUCUGAUUGGGGACCAUACUUAGGCAGCCUGUUGUGCACUUGUCAUUUGUGGGAUCUUGUUCCGUUUAGGUUUGUGUUGUAUGACCGAGGACUUCACUUCACGUUUCGUUUUGUUGUUUUGUUGUAGUGUGCAAAGUACGCAUUAAAAGAUGUACGCAUAUCGCGCUGCGCCUUGGUCCACUUAUUACGACGAUCGUGACAGAAGAUCCCACCAAAUAAGGACCAAGCAGCGUGUCCAGGAGCAGACAGCCUGGACUUGGGAGGAGAUCUUGGACGGGAAGGGGUCCUGGACAUGGGAGGAAAUCCAGGCCGGAAUGGAUCGCCGUCCGUGGGAAGAGACUGUGGAGGCGCGCCAUAGAGAGGAGCAGCGGCGCCAACCGUGCCGACGUCGGACACGCAAGAGGCAACCCCAAUAAAUUUUUUUGGGGGGGCACACGGCUUGGACGACGGGGCUGCUGGAGGCAGCUACAGGGCGUAUCGGCGGAUUAGGAGAGGAGGCCACCGGGUUUGGGGGGCUGGAAGGGAGGUUGGCGGAGCCUAGAGGUAGAGCAGAGCCAACUCCCCGUACUCAGGCUAGGCAGCGUGAGACUGGGCAGGUUCCGAGGUUUGCGGAGCUGCAUACUGUGCCGCGAGUGGUCCGGCACAGUCCUGUACGUCCUGUGCUAGCACCACGCACGUGUCGUGCGAAGGUGGGCAUGCAGCCAGGACGGAGUGUGCCGGCUCAACGCUCGUGGCCUCCAGUACCCCUCCUCGGUCCCGGAUAUCCUGCGCCAGUGCCACGUGCUGUAGUGCCAGUACGAGUGCACAACCCUGUACGUCCUGUGCUGAUGCCUCACACAGAGUGUGUAGAGAUAGGCAUUCAGCCAGGAUGGGUUGUGUCAGCUCUUCGCUCCAGACCUCCAGUCCGUCUCCACAGCCCGGUCCGGCCUGUUCCUGCUCCCCGCACCAAACCAGUGGUGCGCGUCUCCAGCCCGGCCCGGCCUGUUCCUGCCCCUCGCACCAAGCCUGUGGUGCGCGUCGCCAGCCCGGCCCGGCCUGUUCCUGCCCCUCGCACCAAGCCUGUGGUGCGCGUCGCCAGCCCGGCCCGGCCCGUUCCUGCUCCCCGCACCAAGCCUAUGGUGCGUGUUCCCAGUCCAGCCCGGUCCGUUCCGGCUCCCCGCACCAAGCCAGUGGUGCGCGUCGCCAGCCCGGCCCGGCCUGUUCCUGCCCCUCGCACCAAGCCUGUGGUGCGCGUCGCCAGCCCGGCCCGGCCUGUUCCUGCCCCUCGCACCAGGCCUGUGGUGCGCGUCGCCAGCCCGGCCCGGCCCGUUCCUGCUCCCCGCACCAAGCCUAUGGUGCGUGUUCCCAGUCCAGCCCGGUCCGUUCCGGCUCCCCGCACCAAGCCAGUGGUGCGCGUCGCCGGCCCGGCCUGUUCCUGCCCCUCGCACCAAGCCUGUGGUGCGCGUCGCCAGCCCGGCCCGGCCUGUUCCUGUCCCUCGCACCAAGCCUGUGGUGCGCGUCGCCAGCCCGGCCUGUUCCUGCUCCCCGCACCAAGCCUGUGGUGCGCGUCGUCAGCCCGGUCCGGCCUGUUCCUGCUCCCCGCACCAAGCCAGUGGUGCGCGUCGUCAGCCCGGUCCGGCCCGUUCCUGCUCCCCGCAACAAGCCAUUGGUGCGCGUCGUCAGCCCGGCCCGGCCCGUUCCUGCUCCCCGCACCAAGCCAGUGGUGCGCGUCAUCAGUCCGGCACAGCCCGUGCCUGUUCCACCGGUGCCUGGUCAGGUACCGGUCAGCUGCUCCACACCGGAGCCUAAGCAAUCCGCUCCACCGAUGUCCAGUCCAGUUCCAGCCAGCGGGACCAGACCAGGGGCGCUACGGGGGGGGUAGUUAGAGAGUGGUGGUCACGCCCGGAGCCGGAUCCGACUCCGAGGCGGAAUGCCCACCCGGCCCCUCCCCUGUUGGGUUUAGUUGGCGCGGUCGCUGUCCGCGCCUUUGGGGGGGGGUACUGUCACGCCCUGGCUCUGGGGACUCUUAUAUGUUGAGCCAUGGUGUUAGUUUCUAUGUGUAGUGUCUAUGUUUUGUUUUCUAUGUGUUCUUUUCUAGAUCGUGUGUUUCUGUGUUGGCCGGGGUGGUUCCCAAUCGGAGGCAGCUGUGUCUUGUUGUCUCUGAUUGGGGACCAUACUUAGGCAGCCUGUUGUGCACUUGUCAUUUGUGGGAUCUUGUUCCGUUUAGGUUUGUGUUGUAUGACCGAGAACUUCACGUUUCGUUUUGUUGUUUUGUUGUAGUGUGCAAAGUACGCAUUAAAAGAUGUACGCAUAUCACGCUGCGCCUUGGUCCACUUAUUACGACGAUCGUGACACAUCUUGGCCCUGACUUUGCAUAAAAAAAAUAUAUCUCUCAAUUGUUUCAUUUUUCACAAAAUGCAUCCAGUGCUGCAAUUACUUCCUCAACAGAGAGAUUGUCUUUUGUACUGCCCACGCAUAGAGUAUCACAAAUCUCUCUGCCUUUUCCCCCAAUGAGAUAAUACAGUAGCUUCACUUUGUAAUCCUCAGGUUUUUCUCUCAUUGUAAGAGCCAUGUACAAAUUGAAUUCCUCUCUCCAUCUUUUCCAGGUCAGUGCUAAAUUACAAUCAUCAAAGUCUAUUUUUCCCGGAGGUUUCAGUCCAUGGCGAUUUAUUCUUAGAAUGGAACGUUAGCUACUCACGAAUCUGCUUGUAUCCAAAAUCCAGCUAGCUAUUGGAUACGAUAGCUAGCUAACGUUAACGUUUCGGCGCGAUGACUAGCCUGUAAGCGCGGCACUUUUUCAAACUGCCGCCUGGGACGUAUUCUUCCUUUACAUCGAUGAGAUCCAGGUUAUUUUGAGUACCGCUGCCACCAUGUUUCAAUAUGCUUUGCGUUGUAGUCACGACAGACAAAGAUAUAAAGUUAAGCAAACUUUACUAGGCAUGUUGUCAACCCGCACAUUCAUACAGUAAGUCCCAACUCGUUUCCGUUUCCUGUGUAACAUCAAUUUAAGUAACAUCAAUAUUGAUACAUACAUCGCAUGAUUUUUGUAACGUUCAUGUAAUCGACAUGUAGGCACAAGUCAGACAAUUGUUAUCCCGAUGCAAAGGUGGUGACCCGAUUGACAAAAGUGGCUCUAACGCAUCCACAGACUGCAUGAACUUGUAAAAAAUGGUGUGAUCAAAGGUCAUGAAGUUUUCACUGCAGUCGACUGCAAGUUUCUGCCCUUCACCAACUUCCUCCUGCAGCCAUUGUGGGAGGCUCUGUUGUUAACCAAUCAUAAUGGUGUUUCUGUUUGACCCAUGCGAACGUGACCAAAGACAUGACGGGAAACAGGAACCAAAUUGCCUUGAUUUAUGUUUACAGUGGACAUACAGUAUACAAAUAAAUCUGAUAUGAGGCUCUCUCUCACUAAUUGAUUGUACAAUGUGUACACACAUAAUAUUAUAUUAUGAUUUCAGUUUGUGAUUGUGUGAUAUAAGGGUUAGAUACAUGUUUAUUUCGACAUUAUAAAGAAAACCUUUUAUAAACAAUGGCAACACUGCCAUGUUGAUCUGAGCCUUGCUGUUGGAAAACCACAUUAGUGUCUGACUUUCGGCUCUCGCAGAUGCACCUCCCCCGACUUCAGUCCUCGAUUUUCUCUACAGUCAGGUGAUAUAUUUUUACCACUCAAACAUGCCCAAUAUCUUGGGUGCUGCUCUUGGCAACACCAUCUCGCUGAAUCUACUUUUAAAUUAUCAAGUAAAUCUCAAUGUGACCCGCCAGAUUCAGAAGUUUGAAAAUCCCAUCAGAAAAAAGCUUCAAAACCUAAUUCGAUUUCUGCCCCCAAAAACUAAAACUGAACAUAAUCAUGAUGGUUUUUUAUUUUAGUUCGUUUUGGAGUCAAAGAUAAUAGUUUCAGUAUAGUUUUAGUUUUUCAAAUGGGUUUGUUAAUUGUUUAAUUUCAGUUUACUAAAUCGUUUUUUGAUGAUUCGUUUUUGUUUCAGUUUUCAUUUAUUCUAAUAACCUUCAAUCAGACCAAAUGUUCUCUUAACAUCACCUCGAGAGGCUUGUACGAAGUCAAAACAAAAGACAGUGAUUUUGCCACCUGCUACAGAAUUACACAGUGUUCAUAAUGUCAUCAGUACAAUAACAAUCAGUGUGUCCUCAGUCCUUGUGCCUUCAGGAGCUCUUGCGUCAAUCACUAUCGAAGGAAAUGAGAACAAUCCAUAGCAGUCAGUGACAAGUCUAGUGACCAUCAACCAGUACACAAAUGAGUGUCACAUAUAGAACACUGGAGACCAUGUGUUACAAGAAGAGAAAACAUAAAUAUGCUAAGCAUUGUGUUAAUCAUUCUAAACUGAAUAAGAACUUCAUUCACCUUACAUUUCCCCACUACAACCUUUUUCCUGGGUGUUUGUUGUGGUUGUUGUUUGUUGUGGUUGUUGUUUAUGUGUUGUCUAUGACUGUGUCGUUACUGUAGCUCAACAGUGUUCGAACUGAAAAUAACACCUGCUGAGGUCACUCAGUCUAUACUCUCUCUCCCUCUUCUCUCUCUCUCUCUCUCUCGCUCUCUCUCUCAUCUCUCCUCCUCUCUCUCUCUCUUCGCCGCUCUCUCUCUCGCUCUCUCUCUCCUCUCUCUCUCCUCUCUAUCUCUCUCUCCUCUCUCUCCUCUCUCUCUCUCUCUCUCUCUCUCGCGUUCUCUUCCGUCUCUCUGUCUCCUCACCAGGACCUGUUUGGGGUGAGCAUGAUCAUUCCCCUGCUGAGUCACCAUGUGAAGGCCCUGGGGGCCAGCCCCACCAUGGCAGGCUUAGUAGGUAGGUGGGAUGGUGAUGAUGGUGAUGAAGAUAUAAUACCAGAAAAAAUGUGAGAGUUCAAAUUAAUGUCAUAGUUUGUAAGGUGUUUUCAUACAUCAGAAGUGGUGGUAUAAUUUAGCUGUAGAAAAUGACUUUUUAUUGCAUGAAAUAUUUUAUGAAACAAACGGAUGGGGACCUCUGAGGACAAUAGAUGUGUCACGCCCUGGCUCUGGGGACACUGUUAUGUUGAGCCAGGGUGUGUAGAUCUAUGUUCCGUAUUUCUGUGUUCGCCUGAGUGACUCCCAAUCAGAGGCAACGAGUGUCAGCUGUUUGCUGGUUGUCUCUGAUUGGGAGCGAUAUUUAAACUGUCGGUUUUCCUUUGUGUUUUGUGGGUUCUUGUUUCGAGUUGGUUGUGUUAUACCGUGUACUGUCACGUUUCCGUCUUUUGUUGUUUUGAUAUCGUUUCGCUUAAUAAAUGAGUAUGUUUGCCUGCAACGCUGCGCCUUGGUCUACUCCUUACCCUGACGAUCGUGACAGAAGAACCCACCUAAACUGGACCAAGCAGCGUGAAGAGGAGAGAGGAAGGACCUGGGAUCAGUGGAGUAGGAGUUUCGACUGGGCCCCGCUAAGUGAAGAGAAGAGAGGCUGGUCUAUGGAGCAAUGGAUUAAGAGUUUCGACUGGGUCAAGCCAAUUGAGGAGCUGAAUAGCGGGAGUUGGAAGCAGAAGAGUGAGAGUCUGGCGAGAACUAGGGAGGCCUGGUCCACGGGGAGGAGAGAACCCCAGAAAAUUUUUAGGGGGGGGCUCACGACGUGGACGACGGGGCAGCAGGAGGCCGCGAUGGAGCGGUCCAGCGGGUGUGCAGAGGAGGCCGCCAGGUUAAGGGGGCCACUGGUCACAGAGGAGAGGGAAAGUGUGGAGGCAUGGCGAGAGGUACUGGGGUGUGUUACCAGUCCGGUCCGGCCCGUUCCUGAUCCCUGCGUAGGGCCAGUGGUGUGUGUCUCCAGUACGGUCCGGCCUGUUCCUGUUCCUCGCAUCGAGCCUGUGGUGCGUGUCGUCAGCCCGGCCCGGCCUGUUCCUGCUUCCCGCACCGAGCCUAUGGUGCGCGUCGCCAGCCCGGCCCGGCCUGUUCCUGCUCCCUGCACCAAGCCUGUGGUGCGCGUCGCCAGCCCGGUCCGGCCUGUUCCUGCUCCCCGCACCAAGUCGGUGGUGCGUAUCGUCAGCCCUGUCCGGCCCGUUCCUGCUCUCCGCACCAAGUCUGUGGUGCGCGUCGCCAGCCCGGCCCGGCCUGUUCCUGCUCCCCGCACCAAACCUGGGUUGCGCGUCGCCAGCCCGGUCCGGCCUGUUCCUGCUCCCCGCACCAAGUCUGUGGUGCGUUUCGUCAGCCCUGUCCGGCCCGUUCCUGCUCUCCGCACCAAGUCUGUGGUGCGCGUCGCCAGCCCGGCCCGGCCUGUUCCUGCUCCCCGCACCAAACCUGUGGUGCGCGUCGCCAGCCCGGUCCGGCCUGUUCCUGCUCCCCGCACCAAGUCUGUGGUGCGUUUCGUCAGCCCUGUCCGGCUCGUUCCUGCUCUCCGCACCAAGUCUGUGGUGCGCGUCGCCAGCCCAGUCCGGCCCAUUCCUGCUCCACGCACCAAGCCAGGGGUGUGUAUCAUCAGCCCGGUCCGGCCAGUUGCUACUCCACGCACCAAGCCAGGGGUGCGCAUCGUCAGCCCGGUCCGGUCCGUUCCUGUUCCACGCACCAAGCCAGGGAUGCGUGUCGUCAGUCCGGCUCCGGCCAGCGGGGCUAGACAGGACCAGGGGUACUUUGGUGGGUUGGAGAGGAAGUGGGGAUCGGGCCCAGAGCCGGAUCCGCCGCCAAGGCGGGGUGCCCACCCGGUCCCUCCCCUGUGGUAUUUAGUUGGCUCGGUCGGAGUCCGCGCCUUUAGGGGGGGGUACUGUCACGCCCUGGCUCUGGGGACACUGUUAUGUUGAGCCAGGGUGUGUAGAUCUAUGUUCCGUAUUUCUGUGUUCGCCUGAGUGACUCCCAAUCAGAGGCAACGAGUGUCAGCUGUUUGCUGGUUGUCUCUGAUUGGGAGCCAUAUUUAAACUGUCGGUUUUCCUUUGUGUUUUGUGGGUUCUUGUUUCGAGUUGGUUGUGUUAUACCGUGUACUGUCACGUUUCCGUCUUUUGUUGUUUUGAUAUCGUUUCGCUUAAUAAACGAGUAUGUUUGCCUGCAACGCUGCGCCUUGGUCUACUCCUUACCCUGACGAUCGUGACAAGAUGAAGGAAGUAAAUAAGCUUUCUCUCUGCGUGGGAAAUCACCAGCUGAUGUACUCAUUUCAUAUCACUGUGAGCGCUGAUUGAGUUCACAGGGUCUGAUAGCUUAUGCAAAGUGCUACAGCGGCUUGCAUUGUAGGCAAGCUAUAAUCAUAAAUAUCUCUAGCGGCUCACCGCUGUUGGCAUUGGUCUAUAAACAAUAGUUCAACAUUCAGAAUGUGCCAUAAUCUGUGCCUAAUGCAUUGAUUUAUGUUUCAGGUUCCACAUAUGGGAUCCUACAGCUCUUCUCUAGCACUAUAGUUGUAAGUAUUGACAUGGUGUUCUGAAGACAGGCAUUAGUGUUGUGGUACUGUAUGUCUUGUGGUAUGCCAGUGUGUUUCUGGUAUGACAGCAUUGAGCAGUCACACACACACACUGCCCUAAGACCUCUCCUGACAUGGUGUUUGUGUCCUUUGGUCUCCACGACGAUGUCAACAUCUGAGGGUCUGAUUGGAGCUGGAUGCUCCACCAUGCCCUAACAUUAACAUCCACACAUUCCUCUGAAUCUAUGGCUCUUAACAAGGAUGAUACUGUACGCUGAGAGAGGCCUCCUCUGAAGAGAGAUAGAGAUUCUCAGAGUAGAGUUGUGAGGCACUUCCCCUUCCCCCACAGUCUCCUGAAAUUGGUUUAUGAGACGAAUUAAAGGAGGAGAAGGAAUCGUUUGUGGCCCCAGUGAACAGACAGGCAGGGAGGGAUGGAUGGAUGGGGUGAUGGAGGGAGGGAGGGAGGGAGGGAUGGAUGGAUGGGGUGAUGGAGGGAGGGAUGGAUGGAUGGGGUGAUGGAGGGAGGAAGGAGGGAGGGAGGGAUGGAUGGGGUGAUGGAGGGAGGAGGGAGGGAGGGAGGCAACAGCCAGGUCUCUAUGGUAAUCCCCACAGGCCACAUCCAGAACACAGCAAAUUCAAUUGACUCUGAUUCCAUUAUACCGUGUGUGUAUGUGUGUGUGCAUGUGCGUGCAUUUCUACAUGCACGCUAUAGAGUCAGAUUUUGUGUUAUGUGUCUGCGUGUGUAAGCCCGCGUGUGUGACUCAGUUGGUAGAGCACGACGCUUGCAACGCCAGGGUUGUGGGUUCGACUCCCACGGGGGACCAGUACGAAAAUGUAUACACUCACUACUGUAAGUGGCUCUGGAUAGGAGCGUCUGCUAAAGGACUAACAUGUAAAUUAAUGAGUGUUUCUAUUUCAGCGUAUAAGUGUUGUCUGUGUGUCAUGCAUAUAUCAGUGGAAUGAGAGACUGUGGAGGUGCCUGGGUUGCUUGGCCCAGAGGACCACACAGUGGAAUUCCUCUGUACCACUGACACUCAUGUCCUCGUGUUACGCCCUCAGAAAGAGGGGGGGUCUCAUUAUCUCAUGCUCUAUGUUGUUGGUUGGGCAGCCAGGAUAAGUCUCAAUAGUUUAAAGUGGAUUCCUUUCCUCAUUUAAGGAAAGGAAUCCAGGGUAGAUGCAAGGGUAGAUGAUGGAAAGGAAGCCAGUAGUGUCCAUUGAGAUGCACCCUGUGUCCAGCAACAAUGUGGAGACGUUUAAUACCUUGUGUUACUAUGUGAAACAAUACUACUCUGUCCUAUAUGCCACUUCCCAGGAUGCGAUGUCACUUCCUGUGUGUGAUGAUGGUGGUUGUGAUUGGCAGGGCAGCUGGAGUGACGUGGUGGGAAGGCGGUACUCUAUGCUGACGUGUCUGCUGCUGAGUGCUCUGGGCUACGGCCUGCUGGGGAUGUCCACCAACAUCACCCUGUUUGUCCUGGCUAGGAUCCCUGUGGGUGAGUCAGACUGGGGGAGAGAGGGGGAGGUAGAACACCUUGGGUGAGUCAGGGAGGAGACUAAUUGCUUCAGAGGCUUUGGCCUUGAAAGACCUCUACCAUUUAUCUGAGUCUGAAUCGUUCACAAAAUAUGCUUUUGACGUUGUAAUUGCACCGUGACCGUCAGUAAAGAAAUAAUCAAUCAGUAACGUUCUGUUACACACAAACAUGUUAAAACUACUUAUCUGUGUCAUGUGUCCGCUCCCUCUCGCUCUGUCCUCCAGGGCUGUUCAAGCACUCCCUGUCUAUCUGCCGGGCCCUGCUUUCUGAUCUGGUGUCUGAGGCGGAGCGCCCCCUGGUGAUGGGGCACUUCAACGCGGCCUCCAGCGUGGGCUUCAUCUUGGGACCCGUGGUGGGGGGCUACCUCACAGAGCACGAGGGGGGCUUCUACACCUCCUCCUUCACCUGCGCCGCCAUCUUCCUCCUCAAUACAGGUAGGUGGGGGUGAGGGGAGAGGAUGGGAGGUGGGGGAGGGAGGGAGGGAGGGAGAGGCAAGGAGAGAGAGAGGGAAGGAGCAGGAGAGUAGGCAAUAGGGGUGCAAGGCAAAUAUGUUGGUAUUCCCAAUUGUAAAUCCCACCUUAACUCUAGCCACUUUGUGGAUGUGAAAGGAUGGUAUAGGUGCAAGCAAUGUUGUGAAAAUUCCAGCCAGAUGGAAUCAGAUGUUAUCAUACAGCAUAUACCUAGCCAGUCUAUGUGCUUUCUAACCUUGUGUUUGUUUUGUUCCAUCCAGGUCUGGUUUGGCUGCUUCCCUGGAGCGAUGCACUAACCCCACGCACCGAUGCUAACUCCAACAGCAGCGCUAGCAAAGCCAGCUGCCACGAGAACGACAACCACUUCAUCUCGACACAGCAAAACUGCUCCCAUGGCAACAGCAAUAAACACACUACAGCGUCGGCGACAGCGGUCACGGGAUCAGUGACUCCGGGGAAGAACCAAAGGAGCUGGGACCUGGACUGGGGGGAGGUGUCCCUGCUCCAGCCUGCCUGGCGUCAGCUCUCCUCGGUGGGCUCCAAGAUUAGCACGGUGGCCUCCUCGGACAUGUGGGACCUGUUCCUGGUGCGUCUGCUCAUGGCCAUGGCCAUAAUGCUGUACUACAGUAACUUCUCCCUGGCCAUGGAGGAGCGCUUCAUGCUGAAGCCCAAGGCCACAGGUUAUCUAAUCAGCUACAGCUCUACCCUGGGGGCCCUAGCCGGGUGCUUGGUGGGGCCCGUCACCAAACUGUACGGUAACGAUAUGCCGGCGCUGUUGCUACACUCUACGGUCCUCACGUGUUGCCUAAUCCUGCUCUACGCCGCAGCGCCCAGUGUCUGGCAUGUGUUGUUAAGUUCCACUUUCUUCGCCAUCUCCACGACCAUCGGACGCAACUGCAUCACCGACCUGGAGCUGCAGAAAGGGGGAGCUCACGCCAGCGGCACACUCAUCGGGGCGGGGCAGUCGGUGACUGCGGUGGGGCGCGUGCUCGCCCCCCUGCUCUCGGGGCUGGCCCAGGAGUUUAGUCCCUGUGGGCCCCCUGUUCUGGGGGUGGGACUGGCGUUAGCGGCUGUCGCCCUGCUGCUGGUCAGGGUGCAAAAAUGGGACGGGAGAGGCAAGAGGAAAGAGGCAUAA